UGGGGGAAGGCUAGUGGUCACAGCACCGGUAUUACUGUCAGGGAGCUGUGAGGCUGGGGAGCUGUGAAGCUAGAUACUGUCAGGGAGCUGUGAGGCUAGGUAGUGUCAGGGAGCUGUGAGGCUAGGUAGUGUCAGGGAGCUGUGAGGCUAGGUAGUGUCAGGGAGCUGUGAGGCUAGGUAGUGUCAGGGAGCUGUGAGGCUAGGUAGUGUCAGGGAGCUGUGAGGCUAGGUAGUGUCAGGGAGCUGUGAGGCUAGGUAGUGUCAGGGAGCUGUGAGGCUAGGUAGUGUCAGGGAGCUGUGAGGCUAGGUAGUGUCAGGGAGCUGUGAGGUUGGGGAGCUGUGAGGCUAGGUAGUGUCAGGGAGCUGUGAGGCUAGGUAGUGUCAGGGAGCUGUGAGGCUAGGUAGUGUCAGGGAGCUGUGAGGCUAGGUAGUGUCAGGGAGCUGUGAGGCUAGGUAGUGUCAGGGAGCUGUGAGGCUGGGGAGCUGUGAGGAGGCUGGGGAGCUGUGAAGCUAGAUGCUGUGAGGCUAGGUAGUGUCAGGGAGCUGUGAGGCUAGGUAGUUUCAGGGAGCUGUGAGGCUAGGUAGUGUCAGGGAGCUGUGAGGCUAGGUAGUGUCAGGGAGCUGUGAGGCUAGGUGGUGUCAGGGAGCUGUGAGGCUAGGUAGUGUCAGGGAGCUGUGAGGCUAGGUAGUUUCAGGGAGCUGUGAGGCUAGGUAGUGUCAGGGAGCUGUGAGGCUAGGUAGUGUCAGGGAGCUGUGAGGCUAGGUAGUGUCAGGGAGCUGUGAGGCUAGGUAGUGUGAGGAUAGCUAGUGUCAGGGAGCUGUGAGGCUGGGGAGCUGUGAAGCUAGGUACUGUCAGGGAGCUGUGAGGCUAGGUAGUGUCAGGGAGCUGUGAGGCUAGGUAGUGUCAGGGAGCUGUGAGGCUAGGUAGUGUCAGGGAGCUGUGAGGCUAGGUAGUGUCAGGGAGCUGUGAGGCUGGGGAGCUGUGAGGCUGGGGAGCUGUGAAGCUAGAUGCUGUGAGGCUAGGUAGUGUCAGGGAGCUGUGAGGCUAGGUAGUUUCAGGGAGCUGUGAGGCUAGGUAGUGUCAGGGAGCUGUGAGGCUAGGUAGUGUCAGGGAGCUGUGAGGCUAGGUAGUGUCAGGGAGCUGUGAGGCUAGGUAGUGUCAGGGAGCUGUGAGGCUAGGUAGUUUCAGGGAGCUGUGAGGCUGGGGAGCUGUGAAGCUAGAUGCUGUGAGGCUAGGUAGUGUCAGGGAGCUGUGAGGCUAGGUAGUGUCAGGGAGCUGUGAGGCUAGGUAGUUUCAGGGAGCUGUGAGGCUAGGUAGUGUCAGGGAGCUGUGAGGCUAGGUAGUGUCAGGGAGCUGUGAGGCUAGGUAGUGUCAGGGAGCCAGAGGCUGGGGAGCUGUGAGGAUAGAUAGUGUCAGGGAGCUGUGAGGCUAGGGAGCUGUGAAGCUAGGUACUGUCAGGGAGCUGUGAGGCUAGGUAGUGUCAGGGAGCUGUGAGGCUAGGUAGUGUCAGGUUGAGACCAGUGUUAGCAGGCUAGGUAGUGUCAGGUUGAGACCAGUGUUAGCAGGCUAGGUAGUAUCAGGUUGAGACCAGUGUUAGCAGGCUAGGUGGUGUCAGGUUGAGACCAGUGUUAGCAGGCUAGGUAGUAUCAGGUUGAGACCAGUGUUAGCAGGCUAGGUAGUGUCAGGUUGGGACCAUUGUUAGCAGGCUAAGUAGUGUCAGGUUGAGACCAGUGUUAGCAGGCUAUGUAGUGUCAGGUUGAGACCAGUGUUAGCAGGCUAGGUAGUGUCAGGUUGAGACCAGUGUUAGCAGGCUAGGUAGUGUCAGGUUGAGACCAGUUUUAGCAGGCUAGGUAGUAUCAGGUUAAGACCAGUGUUAGCAGGCUAGGUAGUAUCAGGUUGAGACCAGUGUUAGCAGGCUAGGUAGUAUCAGGUUGAGACCAGUGUUAGCAGGCUAGGUAGUAUCGGGUUGAGACCAGUGUUAGCAGGCUAGGUAGUAUCAGGUUGAGACCAGUGUUAGCAGGCUAGGUAGUAUCAGGUUGGGACCAGUGUUAGCAGGCUAGGUAGUAUCAGGUUGGGACCAGUGUUAGCAGGCUAGGUAGUAUCAGGCUGGGACCAGUGUUAGCAGGCUAGGUAGUUCUAUUGCUGUAGUGUCCUGGUCUCCAGAACUCGUCAUGUUUCUUCCAGCCAGGGAAAAUGGCAGUGGAGGAGGGAGCAGAGUUGCUAGAAGCAAUUGACAGUAAUGCCAGUUACUUGAGAGCAGCCCGGGCAGGGAACCUAGAGAAGGCUUUGGAUUACUUGAAGACUGGGGUCGAAAUCAACAUCUGUAACCAGAAUGGCCUCAACGCCCUCCAUCUGGCCUCUAAAGAGGGCCAUGCCGAGGUGGUCACACAACUCAUCAAGCUGGGAGCCAAUGUGGACGCUGCAACUAAGAAAGGGAACACAGCUCUCCACAUAGCGUCUCUGGCUGGUCAGGUGGAUGUAGUGAAGGAGCUGGUGACCAGCGGAGCUAACAUCAACGCACAAUCUCAGAAUGGCUUCACUCCUCUGUACAUGGCUGCUCAGGAGAAUCAUCAGAAGGUGGUCAGAUACCUGCUGGACCAUGGCUCCACACAGGGCAUCGCUACAGAGGAUGGCUUCACGCCCCUGGCGGUGGCGUUGCAGCAGGGACAUGAACAGGUGGUCUCUCUGCUCCUGGAGAAUGACACUAAAGGAAAGGUCCGGCUCCCGGCGCUCCACAUCGCCGCACGGAAGGACGACACUAAGGCUGCUGCCCUGCUGCUCCAAAUCGACCACAACGCAGAUGUCGAGUCCAAGAUGAUGGUGAAUAGGACCACAGAGAGUGGCUUUACUCCGCUGCACAUUGCUGCUCACUACGGCAACAUCAACGUGGCAACGCUCCUCCUCAACCGCGGCGCCGCCGUGGACUUCAAGGCCAGGAAUGACAUCACACCGCUGCAUGUGGCUUCUAAGAGAGGGAAUGGCAACAUGGUGAAAGUUCUGCUGGAGAGGGGAGGCACGAUAGACGCCAGGACUAAGGACGGUCUGACCCCUCUCCACUGUGGCGCCAGGAGCGGACAUGAACAGGUGCUGGAGAUGCUGCUAGACAGAGGAGCUCCCAUCCUGUCCAAAACUAAGAACGGUCUGUCUCCCCUCCACAUGGCCACCCAGGGGGACCAUCUGAACUGUGUUCAGCUCCUGCUACACCACGAGGUUCCUGUUGAUGAUGUCACCAACGACUAUCUGACGGCCCUGCAUGUCGCCGCCCACUGCGGACACUACAAGGUCGCCAAGGUCAUUGUGGACAAGAAGGCCAAUCCCAACGCUAAAGCACUGAAUGGUUUCACUCCGCUCCACAUCGCCUGCAAGAAGAACAGAAUCAAAGUGAUGGAACUGCUGCUGAAACACGGAGCGUCCAUACAGGCAGUGACCGAGUCGGGUCUCACUCCGAUCCAUGUGGCGGCUUUCAUGGGACACGAUAACAUCGUCACUCAGCUGACGAAUCAUGGAGCUUCGCCAAACACAACUAAUGUGAGGGGAGAGACGGCGCUCCACAUGGCAGCGAGGGCCGGCCAGGCUGGCGUGGUCAAAUACCUGGUUCAGAGCGGAGCCAGAGUGGAGGUCAAGGCCAAGGUAGGACUGGCGAAAAACCCAAUACUGACUGGAGAAAAACCCAAUACUGACUGGAGAAAAACCCAAUACUGACUGGAGAAAAACCCA